ACGGGUCUGAACAACACAAGCUGAACACAGAGCUGACAGCCUCCGUUCUCUGCACACCUGAUUUGUAGAUCAGAGCUCAGACUCUUUUCACCUUUGAGGAAGUAAAACUGUCUCAGUCUCAGUUAUCGAGAGGAGAAAUGGCGCAGAAAGGAGAUCAGCUGGACCAGGAAACCUUUUCUUGUUCGAUCUGUUUGGAUCUUUUAAAGGAUCCAGUGACUAUUCCCUGUGGACACAGUUACUGUAUGAACUGUAUUAACAACUUCUGGGAUGAAGGAGAGAAGAAAAUCCCCAGCUGUCCUCAGUGUAGACGGACUUUCACUCAGAAACCUGAGCUGGUGAAAAACACCAUGUUAGCAGCUUUAGUAGAGCAGCUAAAGAAGACUGGACUCCAAGCUGCUCCUGCUGAUCACUGCUAUGCUGGACCUGAAGAUGUGGCCUGUGAUGUCUGCUCUGGAAGAAAACUGAAAGCUGUCAAGUCCUGUUUGGUCUGUCUGGUCUCUUACUGCCAGAAACACCUUCAACCUCAUCAUGAUGUGGCUCCAUUAAAGAAACACCAGCUGGUGGAUCCCUCCAAGAACCUGCAGGACAACAUCUGCCCCCGUCAUGAUGAGGUGAUGAAGAUGUUCUGUCGUACUGAUCAGAAGUGUAUCUGUUAUCUCUGCUCUGUGGAUGAACAUAAAGGCCACGACACGGUCUCGGCUGCAGCAGAAAGGACGGAGAGGCAGAGAGAGAUGGAGGUGAGUCGACAACAAAUCCAGCAGCAGAUCCAGGACAGAGAGAAAGAUGUGAAGCUGCUUCAGCAGGAGGUGGAGGCCAUCGAUCAGUCUGCUGAUAAAACAGUGGAGGACGGUGAGGAGAUCUUCACUGAGCUGAUCUCUCUCCUCCAGAAGAGGAGGUCUGAGGUGAAGCAGCAGAUCAGAUCCCAGCAGGAAACUGAAGUGAGGAGAGUCAGAGACCUGGAGGAGAAGCUGCAGCAGGAGAUCACUGACCUGAAGAGGAGAGACGCUGAGAUGAAGCAGCUCAGAGACAUCGAGGACCACAACCAGUUCCUCCACAACUACCCCUCACUGUCACCACUCAGUGAGUCCACACACUCCUCCAGCAUCAGCAUCCGUCCUCUCAGGUACUUCCAGGACGUGACAGCAGCUGUGUCAGAGGUCAGAGGUCGACUACAGGACAUCCUGAGAGACACGUGGACAAACAUCUCACUGACCAUCACUGAUGUGGAUGUUUUACUGUCAGAACCAGAACCACGACCAGAACCAAAGAGCAGAGCUGGAUUCUUGAAAUAUUCAUGUGAAAUCACUCUGGAUCCAAACACAGUAAGCACAGAGCUGUUACUGUCAGAGGAGAACAGAAAGGUGACUUUAAUGGACAAAGAUCAGUCUUAUUCUGAUCAUCCAGACAGAUUCAGUAGUGAUUAUUAUCAGGUCCUGAGUAGAGAGAGUCUGACUGGACGUCGUUACUGGGAGGUGGAGAAGAAAGCAGGUGUAGUUUAUGUAGCAGUUUCAUACAAGAAUAUCAGCAGAUCAGGGGGUGAAAGUGUAUUUGGAUGGAAUGACAAAUCUUGGUCACUACGUUGUGAAUCAGACAGAUAUGAAUUUUGGUACAACAACGUCAAAACCUACAUCUCAGGUCCUCCUAGCUCCAGAAUAGGAGUUUACCUGGAUCACAGAGCAGGAGUUCUGUCCUUCUACAGCGUCUCUGGAACCAUGACCCUCCUCCACAGAGUCCAGACCCCCUUCACUCGGCCGCUCUACGCUGGAGUUCUGGUUUACGGUUCUGGAAACUCAGCUGAGUUCUGUAAACUCAAAUAGACUUAUUUACUCUUCAUGUCUUUAUUGAUUUUCUUUUCUUCUCAGAGAUGAACGUCUCAAACUCUGAUGGAUGGGAUGUUUUUGUUCUAUAAGUUGAUAUUUUGUUGUUAUUUCAUCUUUGGAUGUGAAAGUCGUUCUUUUGUAGUUUCACCUGGGAAAUAUUAAUAAUAUUAACAUCUUUUAUUUAAGUAUAAAAACAUAGAAAUAAGCCUGUGUUGUAAUUGUUGUUAUCUAUUAUAUUUGAUGUGUUUCUAUGUUGUAUUUCUCUUUUCUUCUUCAUGGACUCCAACAGACGACCCACCAGACCUUCUUCAUUUCUGAUUUCAUGUCUGCAUUCACACUCGUUUCCUUGUUCAUUAGCACAGAAAAUGUUCUUGUUUUCUAAAGAUAAAAACAUUUUUUAGACUUGAGAACAAAGUAAAUGAUGUCAUAACUGUUAGUGACAGCAGCAACGCAGCAAACAGUUCAGUAAAGCCUGUAGUUUGUGUAAACUAGUGUGUUGGGGCCGGUAGUCAUCGCUGCAGCUGCAGGACCAGACUAGAUCUGCACAUCACAUGUUGUUGAUGUCUAAAUCUGUUGAAGAUGUUUUGUGUUUAACAAUCUGAAUAUU